GACGAAUCAGAGUCUGUCAAGGACGAGAGCUUGCCAACCUCGUCUGCCGCCACCAAGCUGGGUGAGGCAGCGCACUUGCUGGCCAUCCUGUCUGGCUGGAAGGUGAAAGAUAUGCCGUGGCUGUCGCCAUGGGAGUCGAAGCUGAAGCAGGCGAUCGCGGAUUUGACCAAGGUGAACAAGGACUUGACGUCCAUC